GCCGCAGCCAGGGGGCACGGGCGCUGGCAAAGGACGCUCGAGGGCCCAGCGCCCCUGGACGCAGCGUGCCCCAGAACUGGGUGUUGAGAGAAGCUGUGCUUUGCUAAAGCUCAGGAGAGAACGGAGCGCGUUCGGAGUGCGACUUCGGGAGCCAGCGGGACGCCCCAGGUUGCCUAGUGCGACGCGGCUGCACGCACGGUCCACAAGAAUCCUGAUUUUGUUUGGAUAGCACUACCCCCACCCAUCUACCCCCACCCUCAACCCAAUGACUGAGGGAUAACAGACCUCACCAUCAAGCUGCUCCUGCUUCACAGAAAGCACUCAGCACAUGACAUGGCUCUGGCUCCUGUUAUAAUGAAGCUGUUCACUUAACUUUGUUUUCUCCCUUGAGUGAUGCCUCUGCACACUGAGCCUCUUCACAUGUCCCUCUAGCAACAUUCACUGAUCCUUCAGGAAUGAGAACCAACCUGGAUCUCCUGAAAACAUUCUGAGAUGAAGAAUUGUGAGCAUAAUGUUGGGUGGGGAGCACUCUCAGAAGAUACACUGCAAAGAGGGACCUUCCACUCAGAAGAAAUGCUGUGGUGCUUCCUUUUACCCCAUACAAAAUGGAACGUAAGAAACUACAUAGCUCAACAAACUAGUCUUCUUAUAAAUGAGAGGCACUGAAGUCUGGGUAGCUUCCAGCUGAGGGAAAAUAACCAACAGCUUCUCCACAGUGUAGAUUGAAAUAGGGAAAACAUGAAUAUCACUAACUGUACCACAGAAGCCAGUGUGGCUGGGAGACCCAAGACCAUCACUGAGAAGAUGCUCAUUUCCAUGACUCUGGUGAUCAUCACCACCCUGACCAUGUUGCUGAAUUUGGCCGUGAUCAUGGCCAUCUGUACCACCAAGAAACUCCACCAGCCUGCCAACUACCUGAUCUGUUCUCUGGCCGUGACGGACCUCCUGGUGGCAGUGCUCGUUAUGCCCCUGAGCAUCAUGUACAUCGUCAUGGACAGCUGGAAACUAGGGUACUUUAUCUGUGAGGUGUGGCUGAGUGUGGACAUGACCUGCUGCACCUGCUCUAUCCUCCAUCUCUGUGUGAUUGCUCUGGACAGGUACUGGGCCAUCACCAAUGCUAUUGAGUAUGCCAGGAAGAGGACGGCCAAGAGAGCUGGACUGAUGAUCCUCACCGUCUGGACCAUCUCCAUCUUCAUUUCCAUGCCCCCUCUGUUCUGGAGAAGCCACCGCCAACUCAGCCCGCCCCCCAGUCAGUGCACAAUCCAGCAUGACCAUGUCAUCUACACUAUUUACUCCACACUUGGGGCAUUUUAUAUCCCCUUGACUUUGAUACUUAUUCUGUAUUACCGGAUUUACCAUGCAGCCAAGAGCCUUUACCAGAAAAGAGGAUCAAGUCGGCACUUAAGCAACAGAAGCACAGAUAGCCAAAAUUCUUUUGCAAGUUGUAAACUUACACAGACUUUCUGUGUGUCUGAUUUCUCCACUUCAGACCCUACCACAGAGUUUGAGAAGAUCCACACCUCUAUCAGGAUCCCUUCCUUCGACAAUGAUCUAGAUCACCCUGGAGAACGGCAGCAAAUAUCUAGCACCAGGGAGCGCAAGGCAGCACGAAUCCUAGGACUGAUCUUGGGUGCAUUCAUUUUGUCAUGGCUGCCAUUUUUCAUCAAAGAGUUGAUUGUUGGUCUGAGCAUCUAUACAGUGUCCUCCGAAGUGGCUGAUUUUUUGACGUGGCUUGGUUAUGUUAAUUCUCUGAUCAACCCUCUGCUCUACACAAGUUUUAAUGAAGACUUUAAGCUGGCUUUUAAAAAGCUUGUUAAGUGUCGAGAACAUACUUAGGUUGCAAAAAGCCAAAAGGCAUUACUUUUACCAGCUUGUGAGUGGACAAGGGUAAGGGGUACAACUUAUUAAUCUGUGAACAUAGUUGGUUCAGGAGAGUUUGUCAGUUAGUGCGGUCUUUUUGUUUGUUUUGUUCUGUUUUGUUUGAGGUUUGUUAUUUGGUGUGCCGUUUUCUACCUCUGGUUUUAUUUGUGGUACAUGAUUUCAAAUAAAAAUUAUCAUAUAAAGACAGAAAUGUCAUACAAGUAAUAAUAAGGUGAAACAGUACCUCCUUUUUUUUAGCCAUUUCAGUUAAUCCUGCCAUUAAAAGAAUGCCAAAAUAAA